AUGGAUGAGCAACUGCACCUACAACUUCGUGAAGUGACCAGAGAAGUCAUAAACAUUGUUUUAGAGCACGUCGAAGUACAAGUAGCUCACGAACGGGCUAGACCACGAGUGUGGCGACAGAAGUGGAUUGCUAGAAGAACAGCUCGCGGGGCAAGUUAUGAACUUCUACGAGAGUUAGCGGUCGAGGAUACUCAGGAAUAUUAUUUUGCACUGAGAUUAACUGAAGACUCUUUUAAUGUGUUACUAGACCGUGUUACCCCAGACAUACAAAGAUCUGUCACAUAUAUGAGAUGUGUAUUGCCCGCCAAGGUUAAAUUACAUGCAGUUUUGUAUAUGAUGGCUCAUGGGACGAGUUUCAGAACUAUGCUGCAUCUGUUCAGGGUACCAAAAUCAACUCUUUCUAAAAUGAUCUCCGAAGUUUGUGAUGCCAUUUAUAAUGCCCUUAAGGAUUAUAUUCAGGAGUUUGGUGAUGGUGUGGACUGUGAUGUAACAUUGGAAUUUGGUGAUGGUGUGGGCUGUGAUGUAAUGUUGGAAUUUGGUGAUGGUGUGGGUUGUGGCGGUGUAGAUGAAAUGUAA